UGUGCAGGGCAAUUUAAUUUGGGCAUUUAAUGGGCUGGUUUUUCCUGUACAUGGAAAAGAUCUGAGCUCUUGAGCGCUUAAUUUGGGCAUUUGGCUAAUUGCUUUCCACCGUCUGCAAUAUCAAAAUGCGAGUUUUUUCCAGCAUCCUAUUUUAAUGAUUUGGAGAAACUACCAUGGAUAAUCGAUCAGUCAGCCAUAUAAAUAUCGCAUCUCUCCUUUUCCAUUUUCUUAUAAGCAUCUACCUCACCAAUGCCUUGCGAUGUUAUCAGACAGGAAACUUCACAACCAAUAGUACCUACGCAAAAAACCGGGGUCGUCUCCUCUCUUCUCUAGCUUCAAAUGUCACAGCAAAUGGUGGUUUCUACACCGCCACAGUAGGACAAGGCACAGAUGAAGUUUAUGGUCUGGCGCUUUGCAGAGCAGACUCUUCAUCAGAAGCUUGUUCCAAUUGUGUCAAUACAGCAAUUACAGAUUUAAUUGAAAAGUGUCCUAACCAGAAAGAAGCAAUUUUGUGGGGCUGGGAAGGUUGCAUCAUACGAUAUGCAAACUGCUGGAUUUUUGGAGUAGUGGAGAUAGACCCUCGUGAAAUUCUCUUUAAUACUAAUGACAUCAAAUCCAAUAUGGAAGAGUUUGAUCAGAUAUGGAGCAAUUUGAUGGCUCGCUUAUUAACAAAAGCUUCCAUGGGCUCUUCCAAGGUGAAAUUUGCAACUGGAGAAGCAGAUUUAAUACCCUUUCAGAAAAUAUACGCGUUGAUGCAGUGCACUCCUGAUAUUUCCCAAAGUAAUUGCAACUAUUGCCUAGAACAGGCAGUGGGACAAUAUUGUUGCUAUGGGAAGCAAGGAGGUUCGUUUAAAACACCUAGCUGUAUUUUCCGAUGGGAAUUGUAUCCAUUCUACAAUAAUUUUAGUGCUGAUGCUCCGACUCCAACACCUCCAGUCAGUAUUUCUCCCCCCUCAAACAAUAAUACAAUAAGCAAAGAGAAUGGAAUUACAUCUGCUCGAACUGUUGUAAUCAUCACUGUUCCUACAAUUAUCUUCGCAGCACUUGUUGCCCUCACUUGCAGCCUUUUCUAUUACAGGAAGCCUAAGCAAGAAACCAAAGAUUUGGAUGAAAAUAGUAGCACAGAAUGCCCGAAAUUCAAUUUUGAGACUAUCAGACUUGCAACAAAUGACUUCUCUGAUCAUAAUAAGCUUGGAGAAGGUGGAUUUGGUACUGUUUACAAGGGUGUUCUUUCGAAUGGAGGUGUUCUUUCGAAUGGACGAGUCGUAGCUAUAAAGAGACUAACAAGAAACUCUAAGCAAGGAGGAGUUGAUUUUAAGAACGAGGUCAUGCUAGUGGCCAGACUUCAACAUAGGAAUUUGGUUAGACUCUUGGGUUUCUGUUCUGAAAAAAAUGAAAGGCUUCUCAUAUAUGAAUAUGUUCCAAAUUCAAGUCUCGACCAUUUCAUAUACGAUCGAGAUAAGCGUUUACUAAUGGAUUGGAACAUGCGCUACAAAAUCAUAGUGGGCAUGGCUCGAGGAAUUCUUUAUCUUCAUGAAGAUUCUCAACUUCGCAUUAUUCAUCGUGAUCUCAAAGUUAGUAAUAUCCUACUAGAUGAAAAAAUGAAUCCUAAAAUUUCAGACUUCGGAACAGCAAGGUUGUUUCCCAUAGAUCAAUCUGAGGAUGCUACAAGUAAAAUUGUGGGAACCUUUGGCUACAUGGCUCCAGAGUAUGUAUUUAACGGAAUCGUCUCAGUGAAGUCAGAUGUUUUUAGCUUUGGUGUAUUGAUUUUGGAAAUUAUCACUGGCCAAAAGAGUAAUAAAUUCUGUAUUGGGGAAGAAGGAGGAGGGGACCUUAUAACCUAUGCAUGGGAUAAUUGGAUUGAAGGGACUGCUUCAAAUAUCAUAGAUCCUAUUCUGAUAGGAGCUGCUUCGACGCAUGAUAUAGUGAGAUGUAUCCAAAUAGGAUUGCUGUGCUUGCAAGAUGAUGCAGCAAAAAGGCCAACUAUGGCUUCGGUUGUUCUCAUGCUUGAUAGCUGCACUGUUGCUGUCCCUGCAUUGUCAAAACCUGCAUAUCGUAGGUAUGGCCACCAUACAACAAUUAUGUCUGGUACUCAAUCCAAAAGCUGCUCUUCCCAACUCUCAGUUAAUCAGUGUUCAAUUUCAGAGGUAGGACCACGUUAAAAAUAUUGGAGCAUGGAAGUAACUUUAAUUUUUUUUAUAUUUUUCCCCUUUCUAUUUGUUUUAAGACCAAGUCUAUUAGGGGUAAUAUAAUGUAAUAGAUCUUGUGAUUCCAUUCCCAUAUUUAGUUGUAAAAUAAAAUGUAAUGAUGAUAUUUUCUAUUUUAA